AUGUCGCAGCAACAAUCGAAACGCAAGCUCGAGAAAACGGGCAUAGGGAAAGGCGCCCCUGGCUUCUUGACGGGCGUGAAGCGCGUAGCAGUGACGCCGGAAAUCGCAGCGCGAUUGCGGCGAGGGGAGCACGUCAGCCCGGAGGAGAUAGCGGCGUGCCAGGAGAGUAGCAGUGGUCCGCGCACGGAUAAACCUACGGGACAGGAUGCUCCUCAGGACGACAGCAAGGAAUCCGAGCCUGACAACGAGUGGCUUCCUGACGAGCUGAAGGCGAAGAGCAAGCGGAAACCGGGUGCGAAGAGGGGCAAGAGGCGAUAG